GAUUGUAAAUUUUCAAACGAACUAAUCUUCUUCCUAAUCCUACACUACAACCCAUGUAGAUGGCAGAUGUAGAUUUCGCCGGCUACAAUGAGAGAAGUUCCGGUCUGAAGUUGGAACUUCAGAUUCGAUGCCUUCUCCUCUAAUACAGAAGACUUCUUCAUUAUUCAGCUACUCACCACAAUCGCUGCUCUCUUGCCUUGUUCUUAUCAAGCCCCCAACUCUCCUCCCAUCCUUCUGUCCGUUUUCUUCUUCGGCCGCUGCCCAAAAACCCAAUUGGAACUCGCGGACCACUCUCCUCGUCACCAACCCAACUCUUCUCAUCAUGGAGUCGUGCGAUUCCAUGGCCCAGUUGAAGCAAAUUCAAGCUCACAUGACUCGAACCGGCCUCAUCUUCCACCUUUUCCCGGUAAGCCGGGUGCUUUCCUUCUGUGCUCUUGCCGAUUCUGGCGACAUUCGCCACGCCCAUCUUCUCUUUGCGCAGAUCUCCGAGCCCAAUGUUUAUAUAUGCAAUACGAUGAUAAGGGGCUACUGUAAAGCUCAGUUUUCCACCAUGGCUUUCUCCUUGUUUCGGAGAAUGAUUCACGAGCGGGUGGAAAUGGACAGGCGAAGUUUCGUGUUUGCGCUCAAGGCGUGUGAGAUCAUUCGCGGAGUUGAAAUGGGGCAGUCGGUGCAUUGCCGGAUUUGUAAGGUGGGUUUUGAUUCUGAUUUGGUUGUGCAAAAUGGUUUGGCUCAUUUUUAUGUCUGUGCUGGAUGUUUGACCCAUGCACAGCAACUGUUUGAUGAAUGUCCUGAGAGGGAUGUUGUUUCCUGGACCACAAUGAUUGAUGGCUAUGCGCAGAACAGUAUGUGUGAUGAAGCUUUGAGGCUCUUUGACUUAAUGUUGUCGAGCGGUAUUGAACCAAAUGAUGUUACCAUGAUCACAGUGCUUUCGGCAUGUUCACAAAAGGGGGAUGUAAACCUUGGGAAAUCUCUUCAUGAAUAUAUUAAAAGAAGAAACAUUAAUUGCACUCUGAAUUUGACGAAUGCAUUGUUGGAUAUGCAUGUGAAGUGCGGUCGCUUAGAGACUGCAGAAGAUAUUUUUAGCAAAAUGGAAACUAAGGAUGUUUUCUCAUGGACAAGUAUGAUAAACGGUUAUGCCAAAAAUGGGGAGUUGGAUUUGGCCAGAAAGUGCUUCAAUGAAAUGCCUGAGAGAAAUGUCGUGUCAUGGAAUGCAAUAAUUGCUGGAUAUUCACAAAACAAUCACCCCAAGGAAGCCCUAGAACUUUUUUAUUACAUGGAGAAUGCAGGUUUAGUUCCCAUAGAGAGCACCUUGGUAUCUGUUCUCUCUGCUUGUGCUCAAUCAGGGUGCUUGGAUUUGGGUCAACGACUCCACCACGACUACAUUAAGAAAAAGCGAAUUCAACUUAGUAUAAUUCUGGCAAAUGCAUUUAUAGACAUGUAUUCUAAAUGUGGGAGCAUUGACGCAGCUGAAAAGAUUUUCAAUGAAUUGCAAGAGAGAGGUCUGAUUUCUUGGAAUUCAAUGAUUGUCUCGUAUGCUUCUCAUGGGCAUGCUGAUAAGGCCCUUGCUCUUUUUGAGCAAAUGCAAAGUAACAGGGUCAAGCCUGAUGAUGUCACGUUUGUGGGGAUCCUGUCAGCUUGUAGUCAUGGGGGGUUUGUUACUCAAGGUCGAGAACAUUUUGCAAACAUGCAGAGGAAAUUUGGGAUAAAGCCCAAAGUGGAACAUUAUGCAUGCAUGAUAGAUUUACUUGGUCGAGUUGGGUUGUUGGAAGAAGCUUAUGCGUUGAUGACAAAGAUGCCAAUGGAACCUGAUGAAGUUGCUUGGGGUGCCUUACUUAAUGCUUGUAGGAUGCAUGGAAAUGUUGAGCUAGGUAAGCUUGCUGCUGAUAAGCUACUGCACUUGAACCCUAAGGAUAGCGGUAUUUAUAUGCUCCUUGCAAGUUUAUGUGCUAACAACGAAAGGUGGGUUGAUGCGCGGAUGGUUAGGAGUAUGAUGAGAGAGAGGGGCAUCAAGAAGACUCCUGGACGCAGUUGUAUAGAGGUGGAGGGUUUGGUUCAUGAAUUUUUGGCUGCAGAUGAAUCACAUCCCGAAUCCAAAAGUAUAUAUGAAGUACUGUCUGAAAUAUUCUUACUAUCAGAAUCAGAGAGUUCUAUCACCAAUUUCCCCCAAAUUAUGUCUCUACAUGAGAAUUUCAAUUCUUUAGUUUAUGGUAACUGAAAGAGACAGUAUUUUUUCCAUUGAAGCAGUUAUGAUUAGGUGGGAACUUUGGGAUGAUUGUUUAGACAUGUUAAUUGUGCACCACAAGCAUUAUUGGCAUAAGCAUGAAGCGAAUUCUGUGAAGGGUGUUUCACACGAAUACAUUGCAUCCAACAAAACUGCACCUUAGUGGAAGAUUUGAGGGCUUUCAAACUGGAUAUGCCUGCAUGAAAAUAACAUGAAAAUAACCAUACGAAGAAUGUCCCAGGUUGGCCUAGAGAAAGAGAGUACCUACAAGAUAACAGCUUACUGUCGUUAAAGAUGUGAAGUCAAGAAUUCUUACCCUUUUGUAAGUAUUAAAUACAUCUGAGCUUGGGAACUCUUUCUUGUCUAAGGGUGCUAUGAAAUGUUUUGAUGAUUGUGCUGAAGAUACAAGAGAAACUGUUGGAAAAAUUAAAAGAUGAAUCCAGAUUAUCUCUGUCAUGGCUGCGAACAAAGUGAUAAGGUUGUUGGAAGGUUACAAGAUGAAGCGAUAAAAGAGAUAAAGAGAGGAUUACAAGAUUAAAAGUGACAAGGUUCCAAGAAAAAAGGGAUGAGAUGAGACAGCCCAUGGAAGAUAAUUCCAGAAAAGGUUUAAAGUUUCGUUGAUUAGCUUUUUUGUCCAAGUCUAGUUCAAAUUUAUUCUUGUGUUUUAAGAGAUAUUUCAAAUAAUUUCGUGUAUAUAUACACCAUAUUUAAAUUCAAUAAAAGUUCGAGAAAACGU